UAUAUUUCCUAAUAAAAACUCCUGUGGCCAUAGAUGUAUAAAUGACAGAAAUCCACAAAGGGUUCUUAUCUCUAGUGGAAAUCAGGACCAUUCCAUGUGAUUUAGGUUGUUUGGAUCAUUAAAUUAAUUAAUUAGACACCAUCCUUUCCUAUUGCACUGCAGCAUCAGAUCCAGGUAUUUUCGUGAAGGAGAACAUUUUAACUUGUUCUUUGGCAAUCUCUCAAGAUCAAAUUUGUACACAGACACACUUCAUAUAUUCCCAAGAUGAUCGACAACGAGAUCACUUACACAACUGUGAGAUUCCAUAGGUCUUCAGAGUUGCAGAACCGAGCAAGGCCUGAUGGGACACAAAGGUCCAGAGAAGCUGGCCACAGAGAAUCGUCAACACCCUGGCUCUUCAUUGUGAUACCUCUCGGGAUCCUUUGUUCCGUUCUGCUGGUGACGGUGGCAGUGUUGGUGACACUCAUUUUUCAGUGUAGUCAAGAAAAAUAUGAUCAAAAUAACCUCGAUCAAAGCACUGUACAAAAUACCAGCGCCUCUAAUAAAACAUUGACAAAUAAGGCACCAGAGAAUGAAGGCUGCAAAAAUCAGGAGGAACAGAAGAGAUGCUGUGGGAAAACUAAAGCUGUUUUAGAUUACGGAAAGUACACAGGCAAAUGUGCUGAAGCACACUUGUUCUGCUGUGGUAUAAAAUGUUAUUAUUUCAUCAUGGACAAUAAACACUGGAGUGGCUGUAAACAGACCUGCCAGGACUGCAGCUUCUCCCUUUUGAAGAUAGAUGAUGAUGAUGAACUGAGUGCCAGCUACACCCGGAAAGGCAACUGUCUUGGGUUUGCUCUUUGGAACCCAGAAGUGAGACUACUUGAGAUGAGUAAUUGGAUGGCAGUGGAGAAUGUAACUGACCUCUGGGCCAAAGUGCAAAAUGGAGAUUAUAUGAGAAUCAUGGAAUUAUAUAAUUUUUCUGAUAAAUUUUUAUUUUCCUUACAGAUGUUUCUAAAGUACCAGCUUACUACAAACACUUUCUGGAUUGGAUUAUCUUAUGAAAUAAGUAAAAGCAAAUGGGGAUGGAUUGACAAUGGCACAUCUAAACUUGAUUUAAUGAAAUUAAAAUUAUUAAAAGAAAAUGGAACCUGUGCAUGUCUCAGUUUUAGAGGAAUACGUGAAGGCGACUGUGGUACAAAACGCCCCUGCAUCUGUGAAAAGAGAAUGGAUAGAUUUCCUGAUUCAGUGUACAGUAUGAAAGGAAAGUAAAAAAUGGAACAUUUUAUCAUCUUUGCUGGUAUCCUGUGAUGAUUUAUGACUGAAUUUUUUGACUACAGGACUCAGUCAGCUGAGCAAAUAUGGCAAUGAGCUGGAAAAGAAAGGAAUGUUCUGCUUAAAUCUAACUACACAGCACAAUUCAUCUUCCUUCCUACUAAAACACAGAACUUUCAUCUGGAGAACAAAUGCACUUUGUUCCAAGCCCUAAGGAAUCACUCCUUUGUUUCCUGAAUGUCACACAGAAACAAAUGCAGAACCUUGAUAAAUAGCACAACUAACUCAUCAUCACUAGAAUAAACCAUUUUAAUAUUCCACUGCUUGGAUAUCACAAUUAAGAACUAGGGUACACUUUUGGGGUUCUAUUUCUCAGUUGGUUG